AUGGACAUAGAAGACGUAAGUAACAUCAAAAAUAUUCAGCUAGGAGAUGAGCAGGAUGUAUUUAUUAAUCCAGAAGGACCAUUAAAUCUGAUGCACGGAUAUGUGAACGCCCGAAAUGGAUAUAUGUAUAACAAGCGUUUUUAUUCAUCUGAAAUAGAAACAGACUACAGCAUGAGGAAGAAUAAGGAAGCUUUCAGUAGCCCCGAAGGGUGGGUCUUCGAAAGAACACCGGUUAAAGACAAGGUAUAUAAAGACUUGUGUAAGAAGACCCCAGCAGGUAAAUAUCUUAUCAGAUAUCACGCACAGCUCAUAAAGAUGUUUCCUUCUGUGGAUGGAAGUCUUUCCAUUGAGGCAGGCAGGCCAAAUGCACUUACAAACUUUCUGAGAGCAGAGCAUGUCAAAAAAGAUGCAAAGUACAUUCUUGCUGCGCUGCUGCUUCUCUCAGAAGGAGUUGACAUUGAAAUAGAUGUAGAUAAAAUGGGAGAAAAAAAGAGCCUUGUCAUAAAAAGUAAGAAGUGCAAGGGAAGAGUAUUUGUGAAUGUAGACAUGCACUCUGCUUGGAUUGAUCCAGUUACUCAAAAGAAAAGUGAUAGAAUCUACCAGAGCGAAACAGAAAAAAUAGUCGGCUUCUAUAAGCACUAUAGAGACAGCAGACUGUUAAAAAAAGGAGGUGAAUUUGCAAUGCCUACCAGCAAGAGGGAAUUUAACAAAGGAAAUUUUCUGAAUAAUGCAGGCUUCCUUAUACAGACAUACAUAUAUGAAUUUAUUGACAAUUUCAAGAACUAUAGGAGCUUUGUAGAGGCAGUGUAUGAACUGUUUAUUGACCAAAUGACUGACCAUGCUUGCCAAGAUUCCUUUAAGGAGAAAAAGGAUGUGUUUGAUAGGCUUUUCCUAGUAAAAGAUGCCCUUCAUGCACAGAUGGAGUACAUUUCGUCUUUCUGUGAUCUUGCAAGGACCACGCAUGAAGAUGCAUCAUUUCCCUUCUAUAACCCUAGCCAGUUGCCGCAGUACACUAGAGUACCACAGUAUAAACUAGACAAGUCGGGCUUUGAGAAGGACCAAUUCUUAUACUACAGUAACUGUGUAGAGUCUGCCCUUCUUGGAAUUUUCUGCUGUCUGGCAUAUAAUCCAGAGACAGGAAGGUAUGAGACAGACCACAUGGGAACGGAAGUAAGUGAUGAGUUGAGAGACUUCUUCAAAAAGUAUCCCAAGCCAACAGAAACAACAGACUUUGAAAUGCACAAGGAGUGGUGUAAGGUUGUUGCUUGCUUAAAGAAUGAAAGCAUCAGCUACAAGCACCCAAAAAAUGAGAUUCUCUCUGGGCUUUCAAAUGUCUUUCGGGUUAUUGCAGAAAUAACAGGCCAGAAGACAGACGCGCUGGAGCUAGUUAAGUAUAUAGAAGAUGCAUGCAAAAUAAGAAGCCUUAAAAAAGACGAUAAAGACUAUAUUGAGUCUAAAAUAGAAUCAAUUUUUAUAUCACUUUCACAGAAUAAGUCUAUCAUGGUGAAGUGCCGGUAUAUGGUGCUUGGGCGCAGGUCAGAUGGAGAACAGGACAUUUUUGCUGACAUUGACGCUAUGUACAUGUAUGAUAAUCGAGAGAAUGGAAUUACUUUGGGCUUAAAGCCCAAACAUGCUACUCUUGAUGUUCUUCUAUCCUCUCCAGUGUCUGUGCGUAUUGAAGAAAAAUAUGAAGAUGUAAAGGAGCUAUAUAGAAGCAUAGACAGCUAUAUGGGAUAUAUCACCAGCCAGUACAUUAGUAGAGAAAUGAAAAAUCUAAGGAAAGACAGCUUUGAGAUGACAGAAUCUCUUAUGAAGAGUAUAGAUGUAAUUCUAAACAGCGGAUACAAUAAUGUAUUUAAAAUAUUCCUACUCGAAAAGCUUGUUGGUGUUAAGUGCAUGUCUUUUAUUGCAAUGCGGUGUGUAAUCUACUCGAUUGAUAAAGACCUGCCUCCAAAUGACCCUAUAGUGCGCUUUACUGCAAAUGUUAUAGGCAGUAUUCCACUAAACGAUCCUGCAACAUGGCGAGAGAUCAUGAAAUAUUUUUUAUAUCAUUCAGAAAGACAGGCAAACUAUCCAAAGCUUGAAUAUGAGGCGAGGCAGGAGCUGGAGGAGAUAAAAAUCACUGGUUCAGAACUAGUUAAGAUUCAUUUAUAUAUUCUAAAUCAGGACUCAGACUCCCUCGCAGUUAAGUGCAUAAAUAACUAUGUAAAGCUAGGUACGGAUAAUGCAAACAUGUAUUAUUUAUUAUCAGUAGAGCCAAUGUCUAGGAAAUUAUUUAAUCUUAUGGCAAGGGCGGGCACACCAAGAAGAUUUGAACAGCUUCGAUCUACACUUGAGAAAACCAAAAACCAAAAGUAUACAGACGAUCUUGAUUUUGUAUAUAUCGUUUGGUUUAUAUAUGCAUGUGACGACUCAGAGAGUACACCAGAGAUUAUUAAGAUGGCUUAUAACUUUAUAAACUUUAGCUAUUUAUCUCAAGAUGUUAGCUCCAAACUAAAGUCUUACCGUAUAUAUUCAAGUACAGUUAUGUCUGUUUUAAAAAAAGAAAAAACCAACUUGUGCACAGAGAACGACAGUGAUAGCAUGAAAAACUAUCAGGAAUUGGAAAAAUAUUUCAAAUUACAUCUGAUAUAA